AUGGCAGAAAAGGCGACCAGCGGACUUCAACCCGGAGUGGCACAGCGGCACGAGCGUCGGCACGCCGGAUCCAAGGACCAAGUGGCCUCCCACGAAGCCGUCAAGCGCAUACCGCGCCCCGAGCAGCGCCCACAGAGCGGCCCAGCAGCGCCCAACGAGCGCCCAGCGAGCGGCGUCAGUGCACCACCAGCGGCACCCACGUGUUUAUCAGGAGCGCCCAACGAUCAUCGCCGCCGCUCACCAGCCGCGCUCACCGAGCGCCAUCAGGAGCGCCAAUCAGCCGCGCCCACAGAGCGCAAAACCGUGCCAUCAACAGUACCAACGGCACCCACAGCAGUGUCAACCGAGCUCCAUCAGGAGCGCCAGCCUCAGCAGCGCCCACCGAGCGGCUUCCGCGCCCUCAGUAGCGUUCAGCGCCCAUCAGCAGCGCCCAUCGAGCGGCCAGCGCCCAGCCGCGCCCUCAGCAGCGCCAACCGCGCCGGAUACGUGGUCACUAGCCACGCUACGAGCGCCACCAGGAGCGCGCAACGAGCGGCCACCGCGCCCUCAGCAACGUCCACCGCGCCGCCAGCAGCGCCGUCCACGGGGCAACGGGAGCGCCAGCCGCAACCACAUCGGUCAGCCACUGCCGCACGUCAGCAGUACCUGCCGUGCGCCCCUGGUAGCGCCCAGCGCCCAGUCACGCCACUAGGAGCGCUCACUGAGUGA